CCCGGAGAGCGCGUCCCCAUGCGCAGCCCCAGCGCCUGGCGCCCAGCUCCGCCGCCCGCCGUCAGCCCCGCGGCCCCAUGUUCCGCUCGCGCCGCGCCGGGCUGGUGCGGCGGCUCUGGAGGCAGCGCUGCGCGGCGCCGGGCCCCGAGGACGGGCACGGCGCCCUCAAGCCCGCCGCCCACGCCCUCUUCAAGAAGCUGAAGGACGAGGAGCUGGAGCUGCUGGUGCAGGCGGUGGAGAGCCGGGGCGCCCGGGAGGCGGGCUGCGUGUGGGUGGCGCGGGGCGAGCCGCGGGGGGCCAAGCAGGCGCUGCCCCCCCAGGUCCUGCUCUGCCGCCUCUACCGCUGGCCCGACCUGCGCCAGCCCCACGAGCUCAAGCACCUCAGCUACUGCCAGAGCGCCGGGGGCCGCGGGGGCUGCGGCGACACGGCCGCGCUCUGCUGCAACCCCCACCACUUCAGCCGCCUGGCUGCGCCCGAGACCCCACCACCCCCCUACUCCAAGGCGUCCGGGGGUCCCUCCUGGCCGGCCGUGCCGCAGCUCCCGGAGUUCAGCUACAACCGCGCGGAGCGGCACGACACCAGCCUCUCGCGGAGCACCGUUAAGGACGGCUACUGGUGCAAACUGGCCUACUGGGAACACCGGACGCGGGUGGGCCGCCUCUACGCCGUGCACGAGGCGUCGGUGAACGUGUUCUGCGAGCUGCCACAGGGCAGCGGCUUCUGCCUGGGGCAGCUGCGGGCUGCGAACCGCAGCGAGGCCGUGCGCCGGGCCCGCGGCAAGAUCGGCCGGGGGCUGCUGCUGAGCCGGGAGCCCGGCGGCGUGUGGGCCUACAACCGCAGCGAGCACCCCAUCUUCGUCAGCUCGCCCACGCUGGGCCCCCCCGGCACCCGCGGCCUCGCCGUGCACAAGGUGCUGCCUGGCUACUCCGCCAAGGUGUUCGACUACGAGCGGGCGGGCUGCCUGGCCGGCUGGCGGCACCCUGCAGACGGCCCCUGCGACCCCAACAGCGUCCGCAUCAGCUUCGCCAAGGGCUGGGGGCCCUGCUACUCGCGGCAGUUCAUCACCUCCUGCCCGUGCUGGCUGGAGAUCCUGCUGAGCCAGCCGCGCUGAGGGGCCGUAGGCGCCCCGCGCCUGUCUGCACCCACUGCCCCGGGCCCACACUGACACAGGCCAACAUUUAAUCUCCUCUUUUUUUUUUGUAAUGGUUAAAUUUAUUUUAAGUUAUCUUAUUUUUGUAUAAAAAGAAAAGUAAAAAGGGGAGUGAGCCCCAGUAGAGGCAGGACGCCCAGCUCCGUGCUACAGGGAGGGCAGCGACAGCAGUAGUGGAGGUGCCGAGCCGUCUGCAAGGGAAGCAGGAGGGUGGGAAAGAUGGGACGUCCCAGGACCAUGCGGGGCCAUGGACACUCAGCCAGGCUGCAGCAGGCAAGGGCGAGCAUCAGAGCAGGUCAGCACAGCCAGGGUGAGUGUUGGAGCAGGUUAGCACAGAUGAUGUGAGCAUUGGAAGAAGCCAGCACAGCAGGGAUGAGCACUGGAGCAGGUUAGUGCAGUCAGGGUGAGAGUUGGAGCAGGUUAAUGCAGUUAGGGCAAGCGCUGGAGCAGGUUAGCACAGCCAAGGCAAGUGUUGGAGCAGGUUAAUGCAGUCAGGGUGAGCACUGGAGCAGGUUAGUGCAGCCAGGGCAAGCACUGGAGCAGGUUAAGGCAGCCAGGAAGAGCACUGGAGCAGGUUAGCGCAUCUGGGAUGCGCAUUGGAGUACGUUAGCACAGCUGGGGUGAGCAUCAGAGGAGAUUAGAGCAUCCACAAUGCACAUUGGGGCAGGUCAGCGCAGGCAGGGCGAGCAUCGGGACAGAUUAGUGUGGCUAGGAACGGGUUAUUAGUAUAGUGCAGUGAGAGCACAGAGCAGUAGGGAUGUGAAGAGCUGGAAGCUGAGCUGUGGGGCUCGGGCAGGUCUAGCCCUUGGGGCCAGAGGGACGGUGUGAGGGUCUGAUGUGGGCAGUCCCUAGGCCAUGAGGACCCUGGCCCCUUCCUGCUGCCUGUGGUGGGCAAGGGGCUGCGCUGGUGCCCUGCAGGAUGAGUGCAGCCCGGGGGGACCAGGCAUUUCCUGGCCCCAGGGUGCCUGGGCUGUGUCCGUGUUUCCGUGUUAUUUAUAUCUCCAAUAAAGGGUGUCACCUGGCACCAAAGAACCUGC